AUGGCAGCGGCAUUAAGAGAGUCUCCUGAUAGGCUAGUAAAUAAAGGUGACAAAGAAACUACACAAUCUCAUCGAAGAUCAAAUAGCGACCCUAAGGAUAUAAAACAAGCCCAUAGCGAUAGCUUAGCAAACAUUCCUGAUCGGUAUCUAUCCAAUAUAUCGAAAAACUUAUAUCCCUAUGGCAGUAAAAAUAGCAAAAUAAAUAUUAGCAACUCCAGUCAGGCUUCUACUCUCAAAGAUGACAAUCAACACAGUCAUAGUAAUAAUCAUGAUAGUGGCAACAAGAAAAGAGGGAGAAGAUACGAUAAUCAAGUUCAACGGUCACAAUCAUGGUAUGGAAGUCAUAAAAUGAAACCAUCAACAACUCAUCAUAAAUUACGUACACAUUCUCAGCAAGCAUUAGAAGAAGUGCGCUCUAUGUUAAAUGAACUCAAUGACGAAAUUCAAAAUGGAUUUAAUUCCAUUACUUUCACACAAGUCAUGGAUGCAAUGAUCUCUGAAUUAAGAAAUUGCUUACAAUUAUGCCAAGACGAAUAUAAAAGAGGAUCAAAUCAGUUACCCUACGCCGUCAAUAGUAGCCAACAACAGCAUAGUGAAAGAUCCACUCAGGGUAGAACUUCAGAAAAGCGCAUUGAUGGCAUUUACCGAAUUGUUAAACCACGCCGGUUAAAUUCAACAAAUCAACCUACUCCAUAUGACCAUGACAUACAUGACGGAAAAGAGCACGAAGAACAUCUAUAUAACAACACCAGAAGAAGGCAUUCACUUCCAGAAUUCCAGUCUAGUGCUACUAACAACAUCAACUUCAAGGAAGAUUAUCUUAACCGCAGAUUUAACCAGGAUGAUAGAAUUUAUAAACAUGCUAUCUUCACUUUAAGACAAGAAGAAGAGCAAGGGAAUGAAGAUUUUAGCAACAGCCAUGAUCGCAAUCGUACCCUUGACGAUAAUAUUGCAAGCUUUAAUCAAAGAAACGAUUAUACUAUGCACACAACGGACAAAGUCAAUCAUGAUCGUAUAGAAGAAAUCGCCAUGUUACGAAGGGAGUUGGAAACGACUACUACACGUUUACUCAAUAUACAAUCAGAAUAUGCGAUACUAAAGUCACAAAAUGAAACUUUAAAAUCGUUAAGCGAGAAAAGAAAUUCUGUUCAUAGUCCAAGCAAACGCGAUGCUUCGAUUCAAGUCUCGAUCUACGAUAUGACGGAUAAAGAACAGUUAACGAUGGAAGCUUCAGGAUAUCAAGGCAAAAGGAAAAUAAUAAAACAAGAAUCGAUUUCUUCCAAUGAUAAUGAUCGUCGUGAUAGUAUGCAGUCAUCCGAUGUUCCUGAUGAAAAGUGGGAAGUCACUAACUACGAAGAAGAAAUCUCUUUCAUUGCUCCCAAAGAUUUAGGCUUUACAGUCGAAGGUGAAUACAUCAUUAAAUCAGUUGAGAAAGACAGCGAAGCAGAAAACUUUGGCCUCAGUGUCGGAGAUAAAUUAAAAGCUAUAAAUGGGCAAAAAAUACAUAAUAUGUCCAUAUCAUCAGUUGAAAAACUAUUGAAAAAAAAUAGAAAACAUUUAACUCUGGCUUUAACUAAAAAAAUUACUCAACUAAAUCAAUCCAAGCCAACCAACACACAAAAUUAUGCUGUAAACAAUAUUACCGUACUAGUGGAUCAAUAUUCAUCUUACAGCGAUAGCGGAGAUUCAGUAUCGCAUGGUAUUUAUGGGUCAAACUUAUCAUUAGAUUCCCUAAAUUCUAUCGUCUCGGCCAGCCAGUUAUCAGCCCAAAAUGGAGAAACAAAUUUAGCUCCAGAUAACUCAAAAUUGAAUCGAAAAAAAUCGAAUUCAUUAACGGCGUCUGGUCGCAUUAGAUUGAGUAAAUAUCGACGACAUCGAGCCGUAUCUGAAUCCAAUCUUGUACAGAUCGAUGGUACCACACAAAGGUCAAACAGUACUGGAAAUUUAUCUAACAAUGGUAGCUUAAUUACAGACGAGCAAUAUUUGACAGAAUUUGCAACAUCUACUGAAGAAAUCCGUGUAGAAUCUAUACAAGUUCAUCGAUCGCUAUCAGAAACUGGCAAUUUGCAGAAAAAUCUAUCUAAUGAUGACUUCAGUUCUCUCCAAAGAGCGCAUACAUCAGAUGGUACGACAUUUAAGAGAUCAAAAAUAUCAAAUCAACUUAUAGCAAAACUGGAAGAUAAAAGUAAAUUUCAAAAGUAUCUCUUUGACGCAUUCGAUACUAAUAAUCUUUCGAUGCUUGGAUUCGAAAAUAGUGUUAAGGCUGGUAUUCUUAGUGGUAUUUACGGUGACGGGGACCUAAGAACUUAUAACAUCGAUAAGGAAUCAAAUAGUAUUUUUCCAGGCUUUCAAGUAAUGCCACAAAAUAAUGGAUUAGUUUACAUAUCAAGUGUUUCUGCUGGUUCAGCAGCUUGGCAGCAAGGUAUUCUAUGUGGAGAUAAAUUGCUCAUGAUUAAUGGAGUUCCUAUUAUUAAAUACACCCGCCAAGAUUUAUUCACAUUACUCAACACUACCUCCCUUCUUAAAAUUACAGUCAUUGAAAAACAUUUUAAGAUAACCAUUAAUGGUGGAAAUAAAGUUGGAUUAUUCGUAACAGAAGUAGAUAAAUCAGCUAGCUUAGCUGGAAUAGCUGUAGGAGAUCGUAUCAUUGAAUGUGCAGGCAUUAACACUAGGGGUGCGACAAGGGAAGAAAUGGAAAUUAUUUUUAAUUCGAGAGAAAAUUCACCUUUAGCUACCGUCGUGCAAAAUUAUUCAAAUUACAGCAACAUGUUAAUAAACAAGCCAUGGGAUGACGUAUAUGUCAGAGCUCUAUCAGGCUACACCGCUAAGACAGCAAAGGAACUAAGCUUUCAAGCAGAACAAAUACUGCAUAUUAUCGAUACAUUUGUUGGCAAUAGACUUGGAUAUUGGAAAGCAUCCAUUGUUGAGAUAGAUAAUGGCGAUGGUAAACCUGCAUUAGUGCCAAGUAGCACAGAUUUGUCUAUGCAACGCACUGAAGUAGGGAAAAUUGAAAUUGUGAUUGAUGCCCACGAGUCAAAUGAUCUUAAUGGAUCCAAUAGAAAAAACUCUGAUGAUAGUAUUCAGUCUAGCUUCUCUAUUGAAGAAGGUGAUGAUUUGUCUAUAACAACUGAAAGUAGUAAAAUAGUUCGAGGUAGUGCCAAGAACAAGAGCAAAAUUUGGGGGAAAAUGAAGAAAACAUUAAAACCUAAAAAAUUGCUAUCGUCAAGCAAUUCAGCACCCGAGAAAUCGACUACAAUAGAUGAUUUAAAAAUCGAAGAAAUAUUACCCGUUAAAGACUCAGUCCUAUCCCCACCCAGUAAAAUAUGUUAUACUCGACUAGUUCGCCAACAAUGUUGUUAUCAAAGGCCGGUGAUGCUGUUAGGUCCACUAGCCCACAUGUUUUCAGAUGGUUUAUUAAAGGUCCAUGCUAUAUUCGUAUUUGAUGAAGCUACACUGGAUAGAUUAAUAAACGUCUCUAUUCACCCUAUCGUUUUAUACUUGGAAUUUCGAAGCACUAAUGACAUCUUACGUAUUGAUGGCAGUAUAUCAGAAGAAGAAGCAGCAACUAUGAUAGAAAAAUCAUUAGGAUGGUUAAAAUCUCAUAAAAAUAAAAUCUCAGGUUCCGUACAAAUUAAUGGCACCUACCCUCAGACUUUGGAUGUAGUUAGCAGUAAGAUUAAGGAGAUGCAAAAGAGAAAAGUAUGGAUUGACUGGACUGUAGAUCAUACUUCACAUUACGAUCCAUUAUACGAUAUUGGAAAAGUGUCAAAAACGGAGUCAGCGGAACAAGAAUCGGUGGAUUUAGCAACCGAAAAUAUUAACACUACCGAGCUAUAA